UAAAAUCACCUUCGCCACCACUAGUGCUGGUGUUACCUACGUGAGGACAUCGUGCCGAGCUUCGGUGUUGUACUCGGUUGUCGGUAAUAUUCGCUACCUUUUUUUCAGAUGAUCACGCCGAGGAAGUAAACAGCUUGUCGCUCGUUCUGGUUCUGGUGCCAUGUUUUCGCACAUUUUUGGGUGCUGUGCAUAUGUUAAGCUUUGUUCCCCCAAUUAACGUUGCAACAGGACGAAAAUGAAGGAAUAGCGACGUACGCAGACUUGACCCUUAGCCUUAGGUGACGGACCCCGUGAAAGAGACGCAACUAGAUUUUAUGUUGGCAGUAUAUUAUGUAGCACCGAAGUAGAACAACAACGACAACGACAAAGAUAUCAAAGUAGACUGCUAGGAUUGAACUUUCAACGACAUCUUCAUCUUUUCACACUCGAACUGGAGUACCAUUUGUUAUUGUUACCGUGUUGGACGAGCUGCGCAAGGGUAAUAUUAAGGCCCUUCUUGGCAUCUUUGAUGCGUGAGAUGAUGAAAAACAAAAAUUGGGAUGUAGAGUUUAUCGGCCCUCCAAAAGAACCAAAGUCCUUUGCUGGAGAAGGAGUUGAUGACGUUCCCAAAAAAAUGAAAAUGCGUAUCCAUUUCUAUUUCGACUCCGUUUCCCCGUACGCCAACCUGGCUUGGCAUGUGUUGCGUCGCUACGAGAAGAUCUGGGACUUUGAAUUGGUUUUGAAACCUAUUUUUCUCGGCGGCGUGAUGAAGCAGACGGGGAACAGACCGCCCGGGCUCUUACCCCAGAAAGCACCGUAUUUAGUCGGGGAGAUGCAGCGCGCGCGGGCAUUUUUCAACCUACCGCACUUGGAAUCUUUCCCGCCGGAUUAUGAAAGCCUCAGGUUGGAAAUCCUCAAAGUGAAAAUAAUUUGUAAUGCAAAAAAACGACUCCAGUUGAAGCGCCAUUUAUAGUCGGCGCAUGACAAAUUUCCCGGGCACUCAAAACGCGUCUGUCAUGCUAGUUAGGCAAAUGGGUGCUCUUCUCUCAUGCUAAUCAGCAGCCCAAUUCUGAACCCGUAGAAGCACAAUAGUCGGCUUCCAUUGCGUUCGCUGCAACACAGUCUUUUUGGUGUCGCAUUCCAUGCAUCACAAAUUAUUUCCACUUUGAGGAUUUCCAUUCUGAGGGUGUCAUACGGAUAAUUUCUUCGACAAGGAGUUUCAAAAGAGCUACAUUACGGUGCAACGAGUCUUGGUUGCGGUGAUCGGGGAUCAAAUGUGGGAAAAAGAAAAGAAGUACGAAGCGAUUCAGAACGCGUUCGAUCUUGUUCAUUCCACGGGAAAAGUACUCGACGGGAGGGUGGGGGAGAACCAGAACAGUAUUCCGCCUGUCACUGACGACCUGAUUUUGGAUACGAUAUUAGGUGGAGGCCAUGAUGGAAACAACAACACGUUACACCCAGACGUAAACAAGAAGAAAGCCGCUUUGCUAGAGCAGGCGAAGAGCUCAGCUGCGGUGAAGCAGAAACUCGCCGAUAACACGAAAGAAGCUAUUGAAGAACACGGUGCCUUCGGUGCGCCUUGGCUGGUCGUGGAGCGGAGCGAGACGAGUAGAGCGCCAGCGAAGGUUAUGAAAUUUUUCGGCUCUGAUCGGUUUGAGGAGAUCGCGUUUUUUUUCGAGAUAUCCUGUGCAAAACUAUCGUACUCGUACUGAUUGCAAUUAUGCAUUUACAAAUCUAGAUGUUAAGGGAAAUCCGCAUUACAAAUUUGCGAGCCAAUAAAAAAAGAUCCGCAUUACAAAUUUAUUGAUUUGCAAUGCUGAGCCAGUUUGUACUGCAAUUCAUACUAGUACGGUACUUUUGCAAUGCAUACGAGAAGCCCUGGUAUGGCCCGGACCCGCUGCUGAAGUCGAAACAUGUGCAGAGUAGGUUGUGAAAAGAAGGAGUGAGGAGCUCGGACCUCCGGCAGUACUCCUAUGUUUUGCGCAAAAAAUCCAGUAUAAGGAUAAUGCAAUAGUUAUAGUACGGGGCAGCUGCGCCCGCGGCAGGUACAGGUGUCAGUACCGCCCGAGGCAUUCGCAUUUACUAUUUUCGAUAGCACGAAGAUUUUUUCGUUGUAAAGAACGCAUCGGAAAUUUAGAUACUCCUGCAAGGGUCAUAGCAUGUAGGAAUCGUGUCCAUCGUGUCGGCGUAUGCGCUGUCUUAGGCUACCUAGGCUGAUGAAUCCUGCCACGUCAAGAAAUGUUAAUGUUUAGCAGCUGCGGCGGCUUCCAUUUGAUGUUCUUUGUGAGAUUUUUUCGCUAUAAUAUGGGCAGAAGAACCGUGUACGAUUUAUUUGCGCACAUCAACUUCAACAUCGGGAUCGGUCUUUUUUUCGUUGUGCAGCUCAGGCCAAAUGCCACACUUCUGGAGCUCUCGCUUCUGAUUACAUGUGCUCGAAAAGGGAAAGGGAUUUUUGAAACUCCAACUCGCGCAAUGAUAGAAUCCUCGGUAAACGCAGCUGCAUGGACUACAUGAUGAGUCGUACGAAUUUGAAGAAAGCCAUUAUUUAUCGGUUCGUGC